UAAUUAUGACCACAUUUGAUCAUGUCUCAACUGAUGUUGAACUGUUGUAAAAAUCAAAUAAAAUUUAAAAGCAAGUUCAAAUAAUAUUUAUCUUUGGUGAAUAUCAUUUCAUCCACGCAAUGUUAGUCUGUGACCGCGCCUAUCUCAGACAUUUUGGUCCAGGGACAGUGUGUGAAGAGAUGAAAAUAUUACUGCGUGCCUAUGUGUGCGUAAGUGCGGUGCGAGUGUAUGUGGGAUGAAUGGUAAACUUACGCUAGAAAUGGUCCAUCAGAAGACAUUGGAAGAGGUGGGGCUUAAAAUAUACAACACACUUCUUGAUUAUUAUCAAUAUUACUUAUAUCAGAAAUGGAUAAUUGAUCUGCUUGAUGUAACUGUAUCAAGCGAUAAACGCACUAAUGUUUCAUGCUCCUUGCAAUAAAAUGCAUAAUAAAUAUAUGAUUUUUUUUAAAUUUCAUUGGUGCGUUUAAAUUAAUAUUUAAAGUCCAUAUUCUUAAAAAUGGAAGAUGUACCACAUAUACUUAUACGCGUCACGUAUUGGGGUACCUUUUUAUUGUAAUCUUAAGAUAUAGCCAUUUUGAUAUCGAAUGAUAGUUAUUGUUAUCUACCUUCAAUGCCUUGAAACUUCUUUAGGCACGUUGAGCGUUAAAUCUUAAGGUCGAGUCAUGGCAAUAGCGUCACGUCAUGGAGUAGCUAGGUGACGAUUUUGAUAUCUUUGAAUCUUGCCAAAGAAGUGACACUUGCCCUUCUGACACUUGUGCUCGGAACACACGCUCUUUUUUGCGUCGAAAUUCAGGUACAAUCCACAAUACGAGCUAUUGUCUGAUAACGAUUGGAUUUUUGAAAAAAAAAAUUGUGAUAAAUGGAUAGAUUAUAUUAUAUUAGUUUUAUAACAAAACUCUUUUUUGCAAUAAUUCAAAUUUCAAUUUCAGUUAUUUCAAAAUAAAAAUUGAUUUUUGAAUCCAGUACCGAAGACACGCCGACAACUCCCGAACAAACCCGAACGCGUGUGACGUCAUAAUGUUAGUGUUUUGAUUGAAAAAUGUCGAAACUCAAAAGUUAUCGUUCUUGUUUUGUGCCAUUAUGUACGAAUACUACAAAGGCAACUCCUGGCAAAAUGUUUUUAAAUGUUCCCCAAGAUGUCAAACGUCGAAAUAAAUGGUUUCAAGCAGUGCACCGUGAUAAUCCCCAAACAAAUUCGAAUUUUUUUUGUUGUGAAGAUCAUUUCGAUCUGAAAGAUGACAUGGAAAAUUAUAUUUAUUAUACAACGAUGGGAGGUAAAGCAAAGAUUAAACUUGAUGUGGUACCACACAAGUUUGACUGUCAACCUAAUUAUAAAAGACAAGGCACAACAACGGUUCUUAGACCAGCUGCAGAAAAACGACGGAGACAACAAAUCAUACAAGAAAUAUUAAAUGAAUUUUCAGAAAAUAUGGAAAUUGGUAGUAUAAUGGAUGACAACAAAAAAGUAUUCAUCUCUGAUAUCUUGCGAGCAAAUAACAAGUUAAACAACAAUUUAUAUGACUUGAUACAUAUUGUACCAGCGAAGCCUCUACCUGCUGAUAUUUCGAAAACACCUUCGUGUGACUUUAUUCCAAAGUGUGACAAAUACUAUGUACCAAAGAAAAAAAUAAAGCAAAAAGUUAAAACUGUUCGUAAUAUUCGAGUACAGUUUGAAACCGAUAUCUAUAGUGAUUUGAAUGCUGAGUUGGAUAAACAGCGAAAUGUAUUACUUCGAAAAAUAAGAAUCGGUUCGGCUAGAGAAGAAGCCACAAAAAAAAUAGCUAAAACUAUAUUAAGCAAUGAUUUUCCGGUAUCUAAAGAUAUUUGGCAUAUGGUGAUUAACCUAAAUCCUGAAGGUCACACACAUUCUUCUCAAUAUAUUCUAUGGAAUGGAAAAAAUAUUCAAUUAAAUGGCAGUAAGGGUGGAAGGAAUAGAUUUAUUUAUAAGUAUGAUCUUGGAGAAAGUCAAGACGCAAAAAAAUCCGCCACUAAACGAAACGUAAUUUCUCAUAGAAAACAGCUUCUACAUAACUCGCUAUUUGUUAAAUUCAGACCUGGCCCUCUUUCGAAAAAGAAACUGCUGGACUCUUCCUAUCAAAAAUUUCAAUAUGGUAAUAUCAGCCUAGUAAGCCUACCGAAGCCAGCGUUAGACAUCCAGCCUUAUUAUGGAGGACAAUUAGGACCAGAAAUGACCACGUUUUUAAAUAAAACUUUUAUGAGAAAUUCGAAUGGGGAAAUAACUGAAAAGUGGGCUGACUUUUCUGUUUCCGUAUUGGGCAGUAAUAAAAAUGGUUGCCCGAUACAAACCCAUCAAAACAAUAUAACUUUUGAUUUACAAUAUCAAUGUUGUCAAAAUAGAAUACUGAUGAGAAAUUCAAUAUUUCAUAAAAGAGUGAAUGCGGUCGAUUUAGUUUUAAAUGAAGAAAGUGAUGUAUCUAAAGAAGUAAAACACGUAAUGAGCAAAAUUCUAGAUUACGUAGAAUUUAAUUUAGAAUACGAUAAUUUUGUUAAAACGGAUACAAAUAUGAUUACAGAUAAUUCAUCCAAUAUCGGAGAUAAAAUGGGCCUCGACAAUUCUUUAAAAGAUAAAUGUAAGAAAAAAUAUGGUGAAUUAGACCGACUUGAUGUAACUAUAAUAAAAAUACCUGGAGUUGAUAGUGAUAGCCAGAAGACAUGUAAUAAAUUAUAUUGCACGUUAGGCUGUAUAUGUGAGUCCUUAGAAUUCCCUUUUAACUUAAAAACACACUGUGGUCGCUUAGAGUGCAUGUUUAAGUGUGUAUGUUCCUUUUCUAAAACAUGUGAUAAUUUGCAAUAUUUACAUGAAUUAAUAGACUUGGAUAGUAAGAUAUGUAAUUCCAAACUAGCAAAAGAAGAGCAAAAGUUUCGUCAAACUGUAGUAUUAUCCGGACAAGGUAAUAUUGUCUUUAAUUCCCAAAAAAGAGAUUGGAAAACAUCAAAAAAAUAUGCCGAUUUCUAUAGCAAAAUGUGUUUAAAGGUGGAACGAAAAAUUAUGAAAGAGCUACGCAUUAUAACCCCAAAACUUGACUGCAAAAAUAUCGAGCCUUGGUGUAUGGUUCACAAUUUAUAUAAAUGUUUCUGUAAAGGCAAAUUUACGGAAAAGGCUAUACCCGAAAUUAUGGAGUUCCAAACAAUGGAUGCCGAUAAUAAAGAGGCCCAACCAAUAAAUUUGAUUCCUGACAAAACAAGCAUAAGUUCUAGUGAUUCAUCUGAUGUAAAAUCUAGAUUAAGAGUGCGAUCAAAGCCACCUGAAGAAGUUGAAGUUAUGAAGGAGAAAGUACCUGAAAUAUCCUAUAAUACUGAAAAGUGCGCAAGAGUAAAAUCUUACAAAGGUAGGAAAUUUCUUGAUGGUUAUUAUUCAGAAACAAAUAGAAAAAUUUUGGAAAUGGAGAAAAAUGAUCGCAGUUUGUUAAAAAAAUUAUUGACUACAAUUUACACUACCGAAGACAAAGAAUGUUCCCAAAAUUUGCAUACUCUAGAAGUCGGUCAGCCACCAUCCAGUCUGAAAGAAUUGUUAAAUAAUGUGGUGCAGAAUCAAAUUGAAACAACAUCCACGGAGAUAAUUGCGGAUUCUUUCCAAAUGUCACAAAAUGCUAUGCAACGUUUGCCUAAUAAAACUAAGUUAGUUGCAUGGUUAGAAGCUAGUUAUAAACAAUACAAAGAACGCGCUGACAAAGGUAUUGUAACAACGUGCCUAGAUCCACCUAAAAUUGGGAAAGUAGCCUUGUAUCCAUGGGAGUUCAUACUAAGCCGAUAUCGCGAACGAAAAAAUUUGUUUUUAAUUACGAAGCAAAAGCCGUAUCGUAUCCUUAUGGCUGUUAAUACAAAAAAUACAUUUUUUGAAAGCUGUAUUAAUAUUAAUGAUAUUGCUUUAACGGAACUAGAAAGAUAUCCAAUAACUGUGAAAAAUUUACUAACAAAUGCAACGGAUUUGAAGGACAAUUUCUGUAUAUUGUGUGGAUUAUCACAAUGCUGGGAACUAAUUGGGUCCGUAACGAAAGUAAGCGAACCCAAGAGGAAUGAGAAAGCAUUAACUACAUUCAAUUGUGAUAGUGAUAGUGAAGAAGAACUUAAUAAUUCAGAUAAGGAAUCAUUAAGUUCUAGUUUUGCGGAAGAAAACUCUCAAGAAAAUUGUAUAACAGGAAAUGCGAAAAGCUUACAAGAACAACAAAACGAAACACAGAACAUAAACGACUCCGAUUUAUCAAAAUGGUUUGUAAUGACAGUUGAAAAUGAUUUUAACGAAAUACAUUUCUACAAAAAGGGGUUUUUUGUCAAGUAUGAUAGUGUAAUCAAAGCUAUAAAUGUGUCACGUGUGUCAUGUAAAACCGUAAGACUGUCUUCACAAAAAUGUGCCACUCCUCAGACAAGCCCACAAUUUGGAAUUUAUGCUAUACCCAAUGAAAAUGAUCUUAAUGUGUUCAUUGGGCCAUACGAACGACACGAACCACUUGGUAUAGAAACCAUAAAAACUGAUAUACCUAGAGAUAAUAAAAGUCAAACUAGAGGAACUUGGAUCAUGGUAAAUAAAGUGGACAAUGAAAGAAUUAUUGAUCAACCGCUAGCCUUUAUACCAGCGACGUAUGGCAAAAGUGAUAUGAUUUCAUUAGAAAACGAAAUGGUAUCUGAAAAGAUUAACCCCAAGCAAAAAGAGCACAUACCUACUACAAGUAAACCAGAAAAAGAUUUACUCCAUAAGAAUAAAGAAGACAAAAAGAUCAUUAAAUUGGUGAAGCCUAUUAAAAUAAACAAAACUAAUAACAUAUUUAACUUUAUAAAAACUUGCUCAAAACCAUCUGUCUCACAAGAACCUAAAUUUCUUGAAUCUGGUACGAGUCCAAAUCAAGAAAAAAUACCCGCCUCUAGUAUUUCAAAUAAUACUGUCGGAAACAGUGAUUUAGUUAAAAAAAAUUAUAAGCCAGUUGCUGAAAUUGCCCCUCAAGUGAAGAUUGUAAAACCUAGGAAUGAAUCAACGUCUACUUUCGAACCAAGUAUGUUUAUAUUGAAGCCAGAAGAGAUUAAUAAGAGGUCGCUGCUUGGUCAAAUAACUGCUGAAACUCGUGAAUCUGAACAAACUGUAGAGUCUAUGGAAAUGGAUAUUGAAAACUUUUUAGCAACUUCCAGCGUUUGCAAAAUUUCGAACUCUGAUGUUUUAAUAAUUUCUGACGACGAAGACGACCAACAUGAUACAAUCAAAAAUGUUUGGAUACAACCUACAAAUGUUGAAAAUCUAGGAUGGAUUUCUGCAAAACGGAAUAUCAAGAAUGAUGUAUGCUUCGAAUUUCCUGGCUUUAAGUGUACCGACUUCUACCCGGAAGAGGAAGCAUUUCGGAAGUUGAAUUUGGUAUUUUCUAGAAAAGUAUAUGUACCAAAAAAUUUUCAAAUGCAGUGGGAAGUGGUUGAAAAUCAGAAAGAUCUAAAAUUUAAAAAACAGUUACAAUCACAAGAUUUGCGACCAGAACUUGUAAUGACAAAACGAGGUUUACGACAUAAAGAAGAGUUGAUGCAGAUACUUAAAUAUAAGAAGUUAUCAGAAACGGAACCCAAAGCAGUAGAGUUCAUUAAAAGGAGAAAAUUAAUGAUGGAACUAGAAGAUGCUACGAGUGCAAUGCUAGAAGAUAAUACUAAGAAACUUUUGAAUAAAACAAUCAGCAAUAAGGGUGUUUUGAUUAAAACCAUAUCAGAUGCGAACAAGCACAUGAGGGAGGAAAUGUCCGCGAAACUUAACUCGCUCUUAUCUGAUUCUGAUUCAACUUAAACAUUACUGGGAUAUAAUUGCCAACAUAACUGGGAUAAAAUAUGUUUAUAGGUAUGUUCAUACAAAUACCUACCUGUAAAUUUCUUGUGACUGUUUAUUUUUUAAUCCUUGCGUUUGUACAAAUAACGUAAUAACAGCCUAUUCAGAUUAGAGCGGUAUCCACUACCACUAUAGUAUACCAUCGGUACGGGAUUAGUCUAUAAUAUACUACGUAAGAGUAUCGUACGUAGUAAUCGCGUAACAUCGGGAUACCGCUAUCCAUGGUGGUAGCGGAUACAGCUGUAGUUUGAAUAGGCCUUAAAUAUAGUAUGUAUUAUAGAAGAAAACCUAAUAGCAUAAACUCUAAAAAUUUAGUUUCUAAAAGUACCUAUUAGAUUAUUUUUUUAUCGGAAUAAAACAGGAUCGUUGUACAAACCUUUUAAAAUAAUUGACACUAAACGACUAGGUAUAUGUCACUAUGAUCUCAAUGUGAGUUUGAAUUUAGUAAUAAUAAUAAUAAUUGACCCUCAAACCCUACUAUAUUUUUUUUCGACUUUCUAUCAAAAUUCCUCGUGUAAUAAAAAUACAUUAACUUUAGUUUAUUUGUAGUAGAAUUUUUCUAUAAUAUUAAAUUUUAAAAGUUGUAUACUUUUAACUUUUAAGACAUAAAUUGUGCUAUCAAGCAUUGUGUACCUAAGUUAAGUAUGUACCGAAACUUAGGUAAGUUUCGGUUUUCGAAUACUUUGUAAGUCUAGUAUGAACAUGUGUGUAGUAGAGCGAUAUGUACAUAUUCAUGUGUGUAGAUUUCAUUAUUGAUGUAGUUUAACCUGUAACAAUUUCAAACCAAAUAUGUUAAUCAUCAGUUUUAUGUACCGCGAUGACUAAACUAAAAAUUUAAUUCGUGGGUAUUGCUUUUUUAUAUUAUUGUGUUAGUUUAAAAUAUAGUUCAGUAUCCCGAAGAUAUGAUUGUGUACCCUAGUGGUAUAUACAAUAAAUUGUUCUGAAACCUUUUUAGGUAUAAAGGUUUACCAAGGCAAGGAAGGAACUAAACAGCAUCUAUAAUUUUGAUAACAUAAAAGAUUUUAUGAUUAUUCGACUCUAUAAUAAACUCUACCGUAGGUACUUAGGUUACAAUCCUUUUUUUUCUAUCGAUAUGGUAUACCUACUGGUUUUAUAAGAUUUCACUAUUUCUGAUGUGAUUCCUUGUAUAAAGUCUUCAUUAUUAGGGUGCCUGGAAGAUGGUAUUGAAAAGUAAACGUUAUGUUGUUAUUCUUUACUUUAGUUAGAAUAAGUUUAUUUUGUAUCUUGAGUUAAAUUAAUGAUUGAAUAAAAGGAGAGACAUUUAAGUUUAUUUUGUUAAUUUUGUUCAGUGUACACUUAAUAUAAUAUGUAGCAAUAAUACUUAUCAUUUUUAUGUUUCUUUGUGUAACACAAUUUAUAAUUAAUAAAAUAAUGUAGUUUCCUUCAUUUGUUAUAUUAUUCGUACCUAAUCAUUAGUGGGUAGGUAUCUAUUCAUGUCAACACCAGUUAAACGUUUACCAGCUUUUAUGUUGUUAACUAUGCCAUUAUAAUAAUAUAUUCAUAUUUUAAGUUAGGAUAUUAUGUGUACAUUGUGCAAGGAAUAAAUGUAACAUCUCCAAAUUAUUAAAUUUUGUUAUCUGCCCAACAAAUCUCAUCUGUGAUAAAUAGAAUAAGUUUUUAAAAUUA